UUUGACGGAAGACAGGGAAGUGCGCCGCCAGUGGCAGGACGGGGACCGGACAAGAACUCUGCACAACCUCAAUUUUGUGUGUGCUUUCCGAGAAAGGGUCUAAGUCAUCUGUACUUCUCCAAGCAAGGUGCUGGCCACGGUUCAAUGCUGGCGAGCUACUCGGAGGUCCCUGACAGGAAGUCAGAGAAGCUUCAACCAACCGAGGGUGGGGAUGCCUGACUUCAAUUGGAAGAGAACCCUGGAGCCAAAGGGGUUGAAAUAAGCGACUUCCCGGAAAAACAAACUAUCAAAAAACCUCUCCCCACCACUAGCCAUGGGCAGCCGAGAUCACCUGUUUAAAGUGCUGGUGGUGGGGGACGCCGCCGUGGGCAAGACGUCUCUGGUCCAGCGCUACUCCCAGGACAGCUUCAGCAAGCACUACAAGUCCACCGUGGGAGUGGAUUUUGCUCUCAAGGUUCUCCAGUGGUCUGACUCAGAGAUGGUGCGGCUGCAGCUCUGGGAUAUUGCAGGGCAGGAGCGUUUCACAUCCAUGACACGGCUCUACUAUCGAGAUGCUUCUGCCUGUGUUAUUAUGUUCGACGUCACCAAUGCCACUACUUUCAGCAACAGCCAAAGAUGGAAACAGGAUCUGGACAGCAAGCUCACACUACCCAGUGGGGAGCCAGUGCCCUGUCUGCUCUUGGCCAACAAGAGUGAUCUGUCCCCUUGGGCAGUGAGCCGGGACCAGAUCGACCGGUUCAGUAAAGAGAAUGGUUUCACGGGUUGGACAGAAACAUCAGUCAAGGAGAACAAAAAUAUUAAUGAGGCCAUGAGAGUCCUCGUUGAAAAGAUGAUGAACAAUUCCAGGGAAGAUGUGAUGUCUUUGUCCACCCAAGGGAACUACAUCAAUCUCCAAGCCAAGCCCUCCUCUGGCUGGACAUGCUGCUAGUUCUGUUUGGCUCCUUUUCUAUCCAGGUCUCUGAGUCAUUCCAACUCUUCCUGUUGGAUGCCAGCCUGGCAUAAAAGUUCCGUUGAGAAUAUUCGACCUGUCUCUUGCCAAUGGCCUGAAAAGGAGCCCCCCGUGACUUGGGAAUGGCUGCCUGGGAUCCAUGUGUAUCUGUGUUGUUCUUGGGUGUUGUCUGUGACUUACUGAUGUCCCGUGUACUAUAGCUAGUAUUUUCUGUGUGACAGUGAUCACCUCGUUCCUCGACUGUGAGAUGAGUUUAUGAAAAGGAUUAAAAGUUAGCACUUGUG